AUGAGUGGAGGAUCUCAAGUCCACAUUUUUUGGGGUGCUCCUGUUGGUCCAUUGAACAUGACAGUAUCACCAGAACCAACUUCUUUAAUGUCUACCGAGAACCCUUGGAAAAAAAUUCAGCUUUUAUACUACCAACAUUCUUUACAUCUGAGGGACGAAAACUGCACGCAUGAAACUCUUGAAGACUAUUCAGUUCUAGAAGCUAAUGGCCCUCUAGAUUUUCCGAAUGCUCACUUUUUAACAAACUCUAUGGGUGAACCUAUUCAUGUGAAAGAAGACUCUAUAGAUUGUAUUUCUGAAACACAGACUGUAAAAUCUCAGGAGAGUCCCCCUUUAGGAGUGAGAGAGAGAACCAGCUCCAGUGUGCAAAUAUGUGGAUUUAAGGGCAAAGUUCAGCAUUUAACGGAAGAAGAAAAGUUUCAAAAUCUUCUCAGUGAAAAUAAGAAAAUUACAGAUGAACAGCAUAAAGAUCAGUCAAAUACAUGUGGUCAGAACUUUCAGAAAAACUUCUUUCAGUUAGAUCAUAAGUGUGCAACUACACUAGAUUUGGUCUGUAGUAUGGAAAAGAUUAAUGUAGGGCUGGGAGCAAUUGAGACAAAGUGUGGGCCAACAGAGCAUCAUGAGGUACAAAACCAGGGUCUGGAGUUCUUUUCCUCUGACACAGAAGAUAAGCCAAGGUCCGAAGCUGUUAGAAAGGUCACAGACCUUAAAAUAUCUACCGAUACUGAAUUUCUUACUAUAAUGACCUCCAGCCAGGUUGCUUUUUUAUCUCAAAGGAAGUCUAAAGGACAGAAAUGUAUCAAUAAAGGGCCUGUAAGCGAACCAAAGGCAAGUCAUAGGGAAAUAAGAAUACUUGAAGAUAAUUUGACUCAGCUUAAUGAUGACUUCGCAGGAGGAUGUGAAAGUGGACAAAAUCAAGCACAUUCCCUUGAACUCUUUAGUCCUGUUUCUCCUGAAGCAAAAAGUAGUGACACUCACAUGGAGUCUGAUAAAAAUCUCGAAGAAAAUAGAGGAUCUCAAGCACUUUUCAAUUUUGAAGACAAACUGCCACCCAGUGAUGUAUGUAUCGAGUUGUAUAGCUCAGGAAUGCUGUGUUCCCAACUAAAUACCUUCCACAAAAGUUCUGUUAAAAGAAGUUGGAUCUCUGAAGACAAGUUGGGCCAUUCCAAAGCUCUGUCUAAAGUCUUCCAACCAUCCAAGAAAAUUAAGUUGUUCUCUGAUGCAGGAGAUCCUACUGCAACAAUGGACCAGAGGAAGGUGUCUAAAUUUAAGGGGAUUAAAAAAACAUCAUUAAUACAAAAUUGUGAUUCUAAAAGUCAGAAGUAUAAUUGUUUAGUCAUGGUAUUAUCUCCAUGUCAUGUGAAAGAAAUAAGUAUAAAAUCUGGACCAAAUUCUGGCUCUAAAGUGCCUUUAGGAAUGAUUGUGGUAACGGACCAGUCAGGAAUUAAGAAGAAGGUCUCUCUGUGGAGGGCUGCAGCAUUUUGGGCACUUAUAGUGUUUCCUGGAGAUAUAAUUUUGCUCACAGAUGUUACUGUUUAUGAAGAUCAUUGGAUUGGUGAGACAGUACUACAAUCAACAUUUACCAGUCAGUUAUUAAAUCUUGGGAGUUACUCAUCUGUCCAGUCUGAAGAGUACUCCAAUAUAGUUAAUGAUGUUGUACUUCGAGACUUACUGGCAUAUGUGUCUUCAAAACAUUCCUAUCUCAGGGAUCUUCCUCAGAGGCAGCCCCAGAAAAUGAACAGUAUAGAAUUUGUAGAUUUGGAGCAGCUGCAGCCGGACGUAUUGGUCCACGCAGUACUAAGAGUUAUUGAUAUCACUGUACUGACAGAGGCAUUAUACAGUUAUAGAGGACAGAAGCAAAGGAAAGUUAUGUUAACAGUGGAACAGGUCCAAGGUCAACAUUAUGUGCUUGUAUUAUGGGGUCCUGGAGCAGCCUGGUACCCUCAACUUCAAAGGAAAAAAGGAGUGAUUCUGAUCAAAGCCCAGAUUUUAGAGUUAGUGAUUCCUAUGCCCGCAGCUCAGAAGAUAGCUCUGAAUGCCCGCAGCUCUCUGAGGAGCAUCUUCUCUUCUCUUCCGGACAUUGUGUAUGCCGGCUGUGCAAAAUGCGGACUGGAACUGGAAACAGACAAGAACAAGAUCUAUAAACAGUGUUACAGCUGCUUGCCCUUUACUAUGAAGAAGCUGUACUACAGACCAGCUGUAAUGACCAUAGCUGAUGGAAUAUAUAAGGUUUGCAUCCACGUAGGAUCAAAGCUGAUCGAGAAGAUUCUUCUCAACAUUUCCCCUGACUGGCUCAACAGAGUUGUAGCGCCUCCCUCAGAGAUCACCUAUGCCAUGGUGGCAGCCGACUUGAUCCACUCGCUGGUGGCCGGUGGCGGCGCCCCUUGUGCAGUGAAGGCACAGAGCCUCUUCGUGUUGGAUGAAAACAGCUGCCCGCUGCAACAAGAGUUCUCCCUACUGGAUUUUUAUCCCGACAGUGGCAAGCCUGUACCCAGUGCCCUCCUCUGA